GUGACGGAACAGAAGCGCGUGGGCGGUAAGAUGAGCGCCGAGAGCAAUGCGAGUAGCGCCUGCUUUCACUGCGGCCAAUCCGGCCACUGGGCAAUGCAGUGCCCUAAUAACCAACCGAAGUGCUACGCGUGCAAUCGCGUGGGCCACUACGCACGAACGUGUACGGACCCCGAGGCGAAGGCUCGUAACGACGCCUACCUGCAGACGCGC